UUACGCCGCUGUUCCCGUCCGUGCAAGAUGUUGAACCUGGUGCGAGAAAUGUCCACUUGCAAAGACUGAAAGAAAUGGGUCCAUACGGUUCCAUGCAGGAGCUGCUUCAGCUGCAUAUUGAUCUGAUUUCCGAGGACUACCUGUGCGCUUUGCACGAUCAGCUGAACACUCUCCGCCUAAAUCCUGAGCUCCUGGACACUCCUGACCACUACGAAAUUAGAGGUGAUGCGGAGCGCUUUCUCACGCGCGGGCGAUUCCAACAUCCGAUGGGGAUCGAGUUUCAUUUCGAUGCCUCGCUGUACAGCGAAGUGGAAUGGGACGAAGAAAAAAGGUUGAUGAGGAACAACCUGGUCUUUCUCACGGACAACAAUCUCCAGGAUUUCGUCGUGGGUUUGAUUCAUGCCAGUGGGCAGAAGCUCCUGCAAAAGGGGUGCAUCAUUAUCAAAAUAAUUAAAGGAUUUGAUGACAGGGGGUAUCCAGUGCUGGAUGACCAGGCCCCUUUCAUAGGGAAGACGUGGCGCAUGGUUGAGUCGUCCCAAUUUCAUUUUCCAUUUUUGCAAGUUACAAAUAUCUUGCGAAAGGAAAUUGGCAUGGUGACUUUGCGGAACAGUUUCGGAAUGGCUUUCGAAUUCUAUGACGAAAUCGUGUAUGGAAUUGUGCAACCUGCCAAAGAACCGAGAUACACAUCGGAGAUGGAAACUCUUCAAAUUCGCCGACUCCGUCGUGACAUGAGGGAUGAGCUCAAUUCUUCUCAGUACACAGCACUAAAGAAAGUACUGAAGCAAAGAGUUGCAUUGGUGCAGGGCCCGCCUGGAACAGGAAAGACAUAUCUGGGCGGCAAGUGUGUGCGCACAGCCUUGGUGACCGACACAGGUGUCAAACCCCUGCACGAGUUCGUAAGCGGAUGCGGCGUGCACGCGUUCUGCACAGGAUCUGUUCUAUCAGACGCCGUACACGCAAAAGUCGCCCAACUCUUAGUAUCUUUAAAGAGGCUGUAUCCGAAUGUUCUGUCCGGCCCAAUCCUGGUAGUAGCUAUGUCCAACCAUGCUGUCCAGGAAUUCCUGGUUCGAUGCAAAGCAUUUUCAGAUAAGAUCAUUCACUGCUGCAGCGAUAAACAUGACCGAGGUGGUACACAGUACGGUGAUCUCCAGAAGCUGCACGACCAGUCCCAUCCUCGUGAUAAGGCGGCCGUUAUGGCAAGCGCAGAGAUCAUUGGCAUGACAACGACGCGGGCCUCCUGCGUAAGGACUGAUCUUGACAGGCUAGAAGUUAAAAUUGUAAUCGUCGAGGAGGCAGCUGAAGCGCUUGAAUGUCACAUUUUAGCUGCAAUUCCAAUUGGCGCUCAGCAUCUAAUUCAGAUUGGGGACCAUAGGCAGUUGCGCCCCAUCUGCGCCCACGAGGGCCUCGCCCGGACCUACAACCUGGACCUGUCAUUGUUUGAACGGCUCGUCAACAAUGGCGCAGAUGUGCCGAUGCUGAGUGAGCAGCGACGCAUGCGGCCCUGCAUCGCGGACCUUGUCCGAAUAAUCUACCCUAAUUUGACCGAUCACGCCUGCACGCUGCGCCGGCCGCGUGUGCGCGGCGUUGACGCCGGCGAUCCUGUAUUUUUCAUGAACCACGGCAACGUGGAAAAAAAGGAAAGUAAAGGAUACUCCAACCGAGCUGAAGCCGAGAUCGCAGUGGAACUUGCCAACUAUCUUGUUGUCCAAGGGUACGACGUUGAAAAAAUCACCAUCUUAACAACCUACAGGAAACAGCUCAGAAUAAUCUUGCAACUGAUUGGAGAAGAAGAAGAAGAUGGGCCGAAGAAAGUUCGAGCGACCACAGUUGAUAGUUUCCAGGGCGAAGAGAAUACUAUCAUUAUCCUGUCGUUCGUCAGAUUUAAUCUUACUGGCGAGAUUGGGUUUUUGAAAAUGGCUAACAGAGCUUGCGUAGCUCUUAGCAGAGCAAGAGACGGCUUCUUCAUGCUUGGAAAUCUGGAGUGUCUUGCUUCGUCCCAAGUUCCUGUGUGGAAACAUGUAAAAGCAGUAUUGACCAAGGCCGGGCGUUGUGGUCCAACGCUGCCCCUUGUCUGUCCUCAUGGACGAAGGUUUGAAGUUGAGUCAGCGGCCGAUGUGCGCGCUGCCGCCAGGGGCUGCCAAAUCUGCGUUUUAGAAGAGCGCUUUGGAUCAAAGCUCAGCGUUACGUAAUAACUAGCUGUAUGCCGGAAAGAGAUCUAAUCCAUCCUGCAAUUUCAUCUACAAUGUAAAACAAAUAACUUUGUUCCAAACGUAGCUGUCUCAAGCGCGCUCAUAGAAAUGUGUGCAUCUUAUCGCUGUUAUAAACACCGUCCCACACAAGA